GGUCAUGGGCGGUUACUCCUCCUUAUGUAGAUGAUUUGGGCCUAGAUGAACUCGAGGCCCAUAAAAUCCUCACUUUAGUGGCCCAUUAGAUUGAACUCUGAUUUGCUCACGGAUUAGGGCCCGUAAGACCAGUGACAAAUGGCCAUGAAACGGCACCGCAUUGGAGAAAGAAUCUUUAUCGUGUGAUAUCAGAAGAAAAGAAUAACGUCAGUGUCGGGAGUUCCAGUUAGCCGUUUUUCCUUUAACUUGCUCCCCCCUCUCUCUAAAGCAUGUAGAUGGCACCACCAACUUCCUUUCUCUCUCUCAUUGUCUCUCUUUAUGAGCGUUUCUUUUUCGCUGUACUUCUUUAGAGAUAGAAAGAACAACCCUUUAGCCGGGAUCAUCAUUAGAGAGAAAACACACAUAGGAAAUUAGGAACAGAGUGAGAUUUGAAAACACAAAUUUGAAGUUUUUGAAUUCUUAUUACAGUAACCAAUACAGAGAAGAAGAAAUAAUGGGUUCUUCUUCAGGGCAAAGCAGUGGCUACGAUCUCUCCUUCAAGAUCUUGUUGAUUGGGGAUUCUGGUGUGGGCAAAAGUAGUCUUCUUGUCAGCUUCAUUUCCAGUUCUGUUGAGGAUCUCGCACCCACCAUUGGCGUGGAUUUCAAAAUUAAGUUGCUGACAGUCCGUGAGAAGAAAUUGAAGUUGACAAUAUGGGAUACAGCUGGACAGGAGCGGUUCAGAACAUUGACGAGCUCUUAUUACCGAGGUGCCCAAGGAAUUAUUCUUGUUUAUGACGUGAAUCGAAGAGAAACCUUUACAAAUUUGUUCGACGUGUGGGCUAAAGAAGUGGACCUCAACUCUACGAAUCAGGACUGUGUCAAGAUGCUUGUUGGAAAUAAAAUUGAUAAAGACUCUGAGAAGGCUGUAAGCAGAGAAGAGGGAAUGGCUUUGGCGAAAGAGCUUGGAUGUUUAUUUCUUGAAUGCAGUGCAAAAACCAGAGAAAAUGUGGAGCAAUGCUUUGAAGAGCUCGCCCUGAAGAUGAUGGAGGUUCCUAGUCUUUUGGAAGAAGGAUCUACUUCUGGGAAAAGAAACAUUUUAAAGCAGAAACCAGAAAACCAGACACCUACCGGUGUUGGGGGCGGCGGAUGUUGCUCUUGAUACGCUGUAACAUCGAGGAUGUGAAAAUGAACCAAAGUGACACCGCAGAUGGUACAUAUACCAUGUUCCCUUUGAGAAUUUAUGAUCAGAUUUAUGUAUAUACUGAUAUCUUCACUACCUUUUACCCCUGUUUGUUGUUGUUUGCCCUAGUAACCAGCCAGCACCCCCGUUAGCUUUUGUAAAUUGGUUGGCUUUCUGUUUUUUGUUUCACCUAUGUUAUUGAAGGGCUACGUUUGAUCGGUUUUAACACGUUGGAAAUUUGACGUCUCGGGUUUCA